AUGGCCUCAGACGCCAGGUCCCCGCCUUCGAGCUUGCGCAUCCUGACGCUCAAUUGCUGGGGCCUCAAGUUCAUAUCCAAACUUCGGCAUGAGCGUCUCACGGAAAUCGGGGUCCAGAUCGCCGCGGCGAAGCCUACGCCAGACAUUGUUGGGCUGCAAGAGUGCUGGACACAAGAAGACUACAAUGCGAUAAGAGAGAAGACACAUCACAUUCUUCCCUAUGGCAAGUUCUACUGGAGCGGCAUAUUUGGUGGUGGAUUGGCUAUUCUCUCAAAAUGGCCAAUUGAGGAGAGCAACAUGGUCCGCUAUCCUCUCAACGGACGCCCUGCUGCCUUCUACCGAGGAGACUGGUUUGUGGGCAAGGGCGUCGCAUGUGCAAGGAUACGGAUGGGACCUUCACGGAGAGACGUGGCCGAAGUCUUCUGUACCCAUCUCCACGCCCCCUAUGAACGCGAACCUCACGACUCGUACAUCUGCCACCGCACUGCCCAGGCAUGGGAGAUAACAAAACUCAUGCGUGCAGCCGCCGAGCGUGGGCACCUCGUCAUCGGUCUUGGAGACUUCAACAUGGUGCCCUUGUCCCUCGCCCAUCGCAUCAUAGAGACACAUUCUCCCGUCAAGGACGUAUGGCGGAUCCUACACCCCGACUCAUCCAUCGGUGCAGCCAAAGAUGCCGUCGAACAAGCCCGCGAACGUCCGAUGCCGACUGCAGAGUACAACAUGACCAUCAACGGUGCAACAUGCGAUAGCGCGCUCAACUCCUGGCGGUGGAAUCAGGCGCACAAGCGCCGUCUUGCAAGGGGCGAAAACGUGCAGAUAGAACCUACCGUCCCCGACCCCGACGCAAAACGCCUCGAUUACAUCUUCUUCAGCAGUCCACGAUACCGUGAUGGAGGGACUGGCAACGAGGCAGCCGACUGGGAGCUCAAGGAGGCAAAUGUUGGCAUGGAAAUGCGUCAUCCGACGCUACACUGUUCCCUCAGUGAUCAUUUCUCCGUCGAAGCAACAUUGACACGGAAUACACCAUAUGCAUCGUCCACGACUGAUCGAAGUAACGUAUUAGACCCACCAGAGCGCUACCUUCCCAUAUCGAUAUACGAUGAAAUUCUAGCCACAACACUCAAAUAUCAAGUACGCGAGCGCGUGCAGCGCAAGCUACGGAUAGGUCACUUCUUCUAUCAACUCGCGCUGACCAUUGGCUGUAUGAUUGGCGUGUGGUGGUCCCCGCACAACUAUGUGUCGUUUAUACUCAUGUUUCUCAGUACGUUUGGAAUGAGCCUGGGGGUUAUUGAUGGGCUGAUGGGGUUUUUGUUCGUGGGAAGUGAAAUGAGGGCGUUGAAGGAGUUUGAGUGGGAGGUCAGAAAUACGAGGGAAAGGGCACUGGUGCGCAGUGGGGAGGAAGAGGGGAAUAGAAAGGGACCAAGGGCUUCUGUUACUAGGUCAUUGUCCACCUCUCAUCGUUCGUCAGACAUCUUCGCGGCACGGGAGUUUGCAUCGACCUCGACAAUGGCCGACUCGCAGGCCCAAUCCCAAACUCAGGGCAGCCAACAGCAGGCACAGCAAACACAUCUCCUCCGCGCCGAUGAUAUACUCAAGCUGCAUAGUCUGCCUGACGACGAGAAACAAAAGUACCGGCUGGUGAUUCAGAACUUCUGGACGCUGUUGAACCAGCACCCGGUUGGCAGCACGGAGCAUGUCUCGGCGAAACAGAAGCUGGCUGAGUGGUCGUCGAGAUUCAUUUCGCGCGAACGUCAACACAGGGUGAAGAUGAAGCAGCAGCAACAACAGCAGCAGCAGCAACAGCAGCAGCAACAGCAGCAGCAACAGCAGCAACAGGGCAGCCAGGGUCAAGCCAGUCACGCCAAUCAAGGCAAUGCGGCCACAUCUCAGCCCCAGACACAGGCGCAGAACACUCAAAAUCAACCACAGAACCAGAACCAGAACCCUAUCAAGCAGGAGGCCCCGCAGGCGCAGAACACUGCUGCACCCCAGCAGCCUCAAGGUCAACAGGGCCCCAACUCAGGCCAACCGCGAGCCCAACCCACCAUUGACCCCGCCAUCAUCAAACACGUUCACGAAUUCCCGAUCCAAUUACCUCCGAAUGCGCCGCCUCCCGGAACUCCCGAAUAUGACGCCAAGCUCAAAGAAUAUAGGAAUGGCUAUCUCAACAUGUUGGUCAAGCAGGCCGGGUAUGCAGAACACCGACGGAAGGUUCUAGUCCAGAUGCAGGAGCGGCAGAGUGCCGGGCAAGAAGUACCCCAGGAUCUUGUCAACCUGAAGGCGCGCAUCGAAAAGAAUCAUGCGGAGAUGAAGGACCAACUUGACAAAUUUCGAAGACUGCAAAAGACAUGGAAGGACGAGCGCGAACAAACGAAAGGGCAGGGGCAGUCAUCGCAGCAACCUCAGGGUCAGAUCCCGACACCUUCACCCCAGCAACAAGCGCAGCAGGCACAACAACAGCAACAGCAGCCUCAGCGCCAGCCAUCCCAGCCAAAUAUUCAAAUGCAGGCGCAGAUCAAAGAGGAGCCGCAAAUCAAGGUUGAAGGCGGACAGGCACCACAAACACAAGCGCAAUCUGCACCACAGUUCAAUCUGCAGCAAGUCCCGCCACAAGCACAGGCGCCACAGAACCAGCAAAUGUCAAAGGGAAUGGCCCAGCAACAGCAACAGCAACAGCAACAGCAACAGCAAGCGCAGCAACAGCAACAGCAAAUGCAGCAGCAGCAGCAGCAGCAGCAAAACCGUCCUCCGGGCCCUCACUCCCAAUCCAUGCCACCAAACCAGGUCCCGCAAUUCACCCAGCCCGGCCAACCGCAACCAAACUUCCAGCAGCAACAGCGUCCGCAAAUUAAUCCCAUGCAAGCCAGCGCACACCAUCCACAAAGCAACUCUCCACACCCGCAGUCCACAACCACAGGCGCGCCCCUCCCCCCAACGCUCUCCCACCAAGCCGCUGUUAGCGCCGCAAACCGCUCCUACACCGAUCCCCAGCGCACAAACACUCCCAUGCAGCAAGGUGGCCCAGGCAACUUUGGUAGCCGCGAGCGCGAGCAAAUGAACAAUCCCAAGAUGCCGAUUCCGCGACACUUGAACGUCACCUCGCCGUCGGCAGUGCAUAUGGGCCAGGCGCGUCCUACCAUGGUCGGACCCACGAAUGGAGCACCAGGGCCCAUGGGACAACCGGUUAUUCCGCGCCCGCCACCAUUCCAGCUCGAGGGCGAGGGCGAUAGGGUGUUGAGUAAACGCAAGUUGGACGAGCUUGUGAGGCAGGUUACAGGAGGAGGUGAGGAAGCAUUGACGUCCGAAGUUGAAGAAGCGGUCCUCCAACUCGCAGACGACUUUGUCGACAACGUCAUCUCCUCGGCCUGCAAACUCAGCAAACUGCGCGAGUCGGCCCAGCUCGACAUCCGCGACAUCCAGGUCGUCCUCGAACGCAACUACAAUAUCCGUAUUGCGGGCUAUGCGUCGGAUGAGGUGCGCACCGUACGUAAGAUUGUGCCCGCGCCUGGCUGGGCGGCCAAGAUGAACGCGGUGAGUGCGGCCAAGGUUAUGGGUGGGAAGGCGGACUUCUAG